GUCCGCGUUUUCUCUCUCUCACUCUCGUGCCUUGCCGCUUGGCUGGCAGUGUCGUUGUGCUCAUAUUAUGUCUUAUCUCGUUUCAGACACGGCAACAACAAAAAAAUAUUGUUGAUAAUAUAUUUUAUUAUUGAUUUCACUGAAUGUUCGAGUUGGAACUGUUGGAAGAAUAAAAAUAUUUUGGAGCCACUACCCACAUAACUAAUAUUCAUGAUAUUUUCUUGGUUUAUGGCAUGUUUAGUGCACCUAUUAAGUAUAGCUUAGUCCGUGGUCUCAAUAGAAGAUAGUCAUCCAACUUACUAUCCAAGUAUUGGAGGAACCAGAUCUCAAUAUGGGCCGAUAUGCGAGUGUUAUAACAUAUUUGUACAAAUAUUUCAUAUCGAUUAAUUUAAUUUGACAAAAUAAAAAUAUGGAAACUACAAGUAACACAACAAAUACUUUACAAUCUGAACUAUUUCUAGAAUUGAACGAGGAACAUGAAUCUGGUGAUACUCAUAACAUCAGAAGUGUUAGGAGCACGUUUAAAUUUAAAUGCCAACCAAAUAAGCCUUGUCCAGAACAAUUAUCCAUUGAUGAAGAUGGUGAUCUAGUAGUUCGAAGAAGUCCGCUCGCCAAAGGCAUUAUAAUAGAACAUAUAAAUCGAACUUCAUUAAAUAUGGUUGGUAUGCAAGUGUGGCGGAGCGCGUUAUUAAUGGGUGACUUUAUUUUGGAAAACAGAGAUAUUUUCACCAAUGAUCAAAUUGUAUUGGAACUUGGAUCUGGAGUAGGAUUGACUGGUAUCGUAGCUGCCAUGUAUUGCAAAGAAAUCAUUUUUACAGAUAUCAACAACAAAGACAUAUUGUCAAUGAUUGAAAAAAACAUAAACUUAAAUCAAGAUUUAAUCGUCAGUCGAACGACCGUUUUGCCGUUGAAUUUCAAUGAACCUGAAUUAUUGAGUGAUGCACUAUGCGAGAAGUUAAAAAAUAUACAUAUUAUAAUAGCUGCAGAUGUGAUUUACGAUAACUACAUUACUGAACAAUUUGUCAAUACCCUAAAAAAAUUAAUGACAAUAUCCCCUAGAAAAACCGCUUAUAUAGGAAUGGAAAAAAGGUAUGUAUUUAGUUCAGUUGAUUUGGAAGUUUGUGCUCCAUGUUACGAAUACUUCAGCGAUUUGUUAUCACAAAAUAACAAUUGGUGUCAAGUGCAACAAUUAGAUUGCAAUUUUUCACAAUACUUCCAAUAUAACAAAGCCAAAGAACUAGUUAUAUUCAAAUUAACCGCCAAUCAUUCCAUGUAAAAAUAAAAUGUACGUUAAUAUAUUGACUAUUGCCUAUUUGGGUUUUUGGGUAAGGUUAUUAUUGUAAUUGAAACAAUAUUAAAUUAAAUAAGCAUUAAUCAAGUGUUUUACUAUGAUUUAGUUUUAAUCUUUAUUGAACAUAACCUAACCAUAACAGAAAAAAUGGUGGUGACUGGUGAGGUUUGUGCACGCCUGGAGAAUCAGCCUAUAUUCAAUGUAGAUAUUAUAUACAAAGCAUGUAUUAUAUAACCGUACAUUUAAACAUUUUAAUAUUAUAUUAAUAAUACAUUAUAUAAAAUAUUCGACCCAUACACACAAAUUAAAAUGCAUUCUUUACUGGCUUGUUCUCAAAAUCUAAAAUACAAUUUAUUUAUAAAUAAAUAAUAAAUAAUAAUAAUUAUAAUUUAGUUUUAAUCCGCCAAUACGUUAUAACAAUUGAUAGGUACUCAAAUAUUCUAAUUAUUUUUAAAUGCUUUUUAUUUGCUUAUAGCUUUACUGAUUGCCAACUGCAAACAAUACAAAAUAUAUAUUAUAUAAAAAAAGUCUCUAAAUAAUUUGACGUGGUUUCUCUCUUCUUUCCAUUAAAAUAAUUGAUCAGUAAAGCUGUACGUUGCUCUCCCACCAUCCCUCCUAAAUACUGAAUAGGCUUAUAAAGGUCAUUAACCCAACUUAAGGUUCUAAGUAAAACAGUGAAAAUGUUUUUACUCUUGAAAAAUUUAACAUAAAUGCGUGACACCCCGUGGAUAACACUGAAUGUCACGCAACAAAAACCUUUUAGCGUCUAAUGCCGAUACAAUAAAUAAUUCCAACUGUUAGAUUUAAUGGUGUUAUAGAUAUUU